AAUAUAACCCAUUUUUCAUCAUUUAAUUUCUUGAAACCUCAAAUUAAAUUCAAUCAUCCUCAAACAAAUCCCAUAAUUUUCAUCAUCUUUUUUUUUGUUUCUUCAUUUUUGAAAAAGUGUUCUUCUUUGUAAUCCUUACCUCAUAUUAACCUUUCGUUUCUUGUGUGCCUUCAUUUCAAUAUUUUUGUUUUGUUUUAUGAAUGCAAGGGCGACUUAAAAGCUUUGAUGCUGGUUUUAUCAUAGAUCUUCAUCUGGAAAUAAAGGUGUAAACUUUGGUGUAAAAAAUGGAUAAGCUACAGUGGGGAAACAGAAAAAGACUCACAUUUGAAAAAGUGAGAGAAUCAAAUGGAAAUGGAAUUGUUGUGAAGAAAAAAAGCACAUCUCAACGUGUUAAUAGAAGAGUUGUAAAUGAACCAGACUCUCUUCCUCCCCUUCAUGUUUCAUCUCCUCAACGUUUCAAUAGGAAAGUGAUGUCGGCAUUAUCGUCACCUGAAAAAGAAGAUCGGUAUUAUACGACACGAGGGUCGACUGGAGGCGGAUUUGAAGAGAGUAGCAGCAGCAAGAAGGUGCUGACAGUGGAAACCAAGAAGGAGACCAAAGGGUCUACUUGGCCCAAGCUGUACACUACAUUAUCAAGCAAAGAGAAAGAAGAAGACUUUUUGGCUAUGAAAGGAUGUAAACUUCCUCAAAGGCCUAAGAAAAGAGCCAAGACUAUUCAAAGAACCUUACUUUUGGUAAGUCCAGGUGCAUGGCUAUCUGAUCUCUGCCAAGAAAGAUAUGAAGUUAGGGAGAAAAAGACUAAUAAGAAGAGACCAAGAGGAUUGAAGGCAAUGGGAAGCAUGGAAAGUGAUUCAGAAUGAAGAUUUGGGUGGUGGAAAUUAAUGAUGUUGAAUUUGGGUUGAUUUUUGGUUUAGAGUUUGUUUGAAGUUGGAAGGGAAAACUCUCUUUUGAUUUUUGAACAAAUUUGAUUGCUCUUCCCAAUAUAUUGUAUUCAAUAUGUACCCUUCAAUUAAGUAGCAAUUAUACCAUUUGAAAGUUGCUUUAA